GGAGCCGCGCCGGGAAUCCCCGUCCAGAAGCCCCCCGGGGCCCCGGAGGUCGCGGCGGCCGCUCCGCAGGUGCUGAGGAUGCGAUGGCCUCCGAGGGGCUCCCUGGGGAGAAAUCUCCGCUGACGGUGAAAGUGGAGAACAAGCCGAUGACCUUGAACCUGCAGGCGGAGAGCAGAGGCGGCCUCCUCUCGGGCGGGGAGCUGACGGUCUUCCUGGCUGGGCCUGGCAUUGAGGUGGACGGCCUGCCUAACGGCCCUGGCGCAACAGCUGAAGGGCCCCAGGGAGCCAGGAGGGAGUCUGGGGGCCCAGCCGCCUCCCCGGAGAACAGGCCCCAGGCCUCCAACACAAGCGGCCUUGGUGGCUGCUCCAGAGCCCCCAGGUCAGAAGCGGAAGCCCCCAGGCAGAACGUGGGCGCCCUGGAGCACAGCCCGAGCCUGAAGGUCCAUCCUCCUCAGCUGGGCAGAGGCCAGGAGGGCAGCCAGAGCAGGGCAGUGAACGGAGAGUCCGGGAACCCCGCAGUCGAGGCUGAGGAGCAGCCGGCUGGGCCCCCGGAGGCCUCCCCCCAGCCCAGCGUGGCUCAGCCCCCCCCAGAGGCCGAGGAGCCUGGCCCAGACGUCCCGGCCUCCCAGGUGGCCGUCCAGGCACUGGAGACGCUGCCAGCCGGGUGGGAGCAGCGGGAGCUCCCUAACGGGAGGGUCUACUACGUGGACCACAACACCAAGAGCACCACCUGGGAGCGCCCCCUUCCGCCAGGCUGGGAGAAACGUGUGGACCCCCGUGGCAGGUAUUACUUCGUGGACCACAACACACGCACCACCACGUGGCAGCGCCCCACCGCUGAGUAUGUGCGCACCUACGAGCAGUGGCAGAGCCAGCGCAACCAGCUCCAAGGCGCCAUGCAGCAGUUCAGCCAGAGGUUCCUCUACCAGUCCUCCGGCACGGCUGCUGACAACGAUCCCCUGGGCCCCCUUCCCUCCGGCUGGGAGAAGCGGCAGGACAACGGGCGAGUCUACUACGUCAACCACAACACCCGCACGACCCAAUGGGAAGACCCUCGCACCCAGGGGAUGAUCCAGGAGCCGGCCCUGCCCCCCGGAUGGGAGAUGAAGUACACCAGCGAGCGGGUGCGGUACUUUGUGGACCACAACACCCGCACCACCACCUUCAAAGACCCCCGCCCUGGAUUCGAAUCUGGGAGCAAGCAGGGGGGCUCCCCAGGCGCUUACGACCGGAGCUUCCGCUGGAAGUUUCACCAGUUCCGCUUCCUUUGCCACUCCAACGCCCUCCCCAGCCACGUCAAGAUCAGCGUCUCGCGGCAGACGCUCUUUGAGGACUCCUUCCAGCAGAUCAUGAACAUGAAGCCCUACGACCUGCGGCGCCGAUUGUAUAUCAUCAUGCGAGGGGAGGAGGGUCUGGACUACGGGGGCAUCGCCCGCGAGUGGUUCUUCCUCCUGUCCCACGAGGUGCUGAACCCCAUGUACUGCCUCUUCGAGUACGCGGCCAAGAACAACUACUGCCUGCAGAUCAACCCGGCCUCCUCCAUCAACCCCGACCACCUCACCUACUUCCGCUUCAUUGGCCGCUUCAUCGCCAUGGCGCUCUACCAUGGCAAGUUCAUCGACACGGGCUUCACGCUGCCCUUCUACAAGCGGAUGCUGAAUAAGCGCCCCACCCUCAAGGAUCUGGAGUCCAUCGAUCCCGAAUUCUACAACUCCAUCAUCUGGAUCAAGGAGAACAGCCUGGAGGAGUGUGCCCUGGAGCUCUACUUCAUCCAGGACAUGGAGAUCCUGGGCAAGGUGACCACCCACGAGCUGAAGGAGGGCGGGGAGGACCUGCGGGUCACCGAGGAGAACAAGGAGGAGUACAUCAUGCUGCUGACCGACUGGCGGUUCACGCGGGGUGUGGAGGAGCAGACCAAGGCCUUCCUGGAUGGGUUCAAUGAAGUGGCCCCGCUGGAGUGGUUGCGCUACUUUGACGAGAAGGAGCUGGAGCUGAUGCUGUGCGGCAUGCAGGAGAUUGACCUGAGCGACUGGCAGAAGAACACCAUCUACAGGCAUUACACCAAGAACAGCAAGCAGAUCCAGUGGUUCUGGCAGGUGGUCAAGGAGAUGGACAACGAGAAGAGAGUCCGGCUUCUGCAGUUUGUGACAGGGACCUGCCGCCUGCCAGUCGGGGGAUUCACAGAGCUCAUUGGCAGCAACGGACCCCAGAAGUUCUGCAUUGACAAAGUGGGCAAGGAGACCUGGCUGCCUCGGAGCCACACGUGCUUCAACCGCCUGGACCUGCCGCCCUACAAGAGCUUUGAGCAGCUGAAGGAGAAGCUUCUCUUCGCCAUUGAGGAGACGGAGGGAUUCGGGCAGGAGUGAGGCCCCAGAAGAGCCCCCCCCCCCGCCUGCCAGACAGGGCAGAAUCCUGGGGGACACAGCGUGGAGUCAUUGUCUCGGGGGCCCCUGGGGCCAGAUCCUGUAGAGGAAGCCCCCCAGAGCCCCCCUCCUGCUGCCUCCUGAGUUGCAUUUCUCUGGCAUCUCAGCCCCCUUCUCAUGGGCACUGUGGGUCUCCCCCAGGCCCUCCCCUCCCCUCCCUCUGUCCGGCUCUCCGGCCAGGGCCUUUCCUCACCCACACAGCACUUCAGCAGCAGCUCCCCCCACCUCCCGCCAGCCUUAAUAUUACCAUGAAUGGCCGAGGUCUAGCCGAGCUUGGGCUGCUACAGACUGGCUGGCCCCGAGGCCUUCACUCUCAGCAGUUCACCCUUUGGGGCAGCUUCCGCCGGCUGCUCUCCAGCCUGACACGGGAAGCUCUGUGGCUCCUUUGCAGACCAGCCUUUGCUGUCAAGGUGCAGCCGCUGGUCGCCGGAGAGCCCCAGCCGGGAGGGAGGCAGCCCUGGAGUUUGGCCACAGCAGGCCCUGGAAGCAUCCUUGGAAACCCCCAGGCAGAAUUGACCCAAGGGCUUUCGUGUCCCCAAAGGCAGGCGGCAUCAGGGACAGUUGAGGGACUUCCUCGUGGUUGAGCUGCGUGUGAAUGUCCAAAUUCUACGACUGAUUUCCCCCCCGGCUUGUUUGUGUCGGGGAAGCCGGAGGGGCAGGCAGCAGAGGCCACUCCGGGCCCAGGAAAGGUGGGCUUGUGCAUCUUAGCGCUCCAGGGGUCCUUUGGCCUCCACGGAGGGUGUAUGAAUGUGUAUAAAAACAUGUAUGUGAAUAUAUAAAUGUGUAUAUAAAGGUCUCUGGACACCAAGAAUUGCAAUAGCUUUUGAUGGGAUCUUCACUAGUUUUGUACUGCACCAUCUGCCUCAGUGAUGCCAUCUCUGUGCAAUAAACUAUCCGCAGCUGCU